AUGGUGGAGUCACUGUUGAAGCAGUACUUUGUGUAUGGUGUCCAUGCAGAAAUUUCUCAGUUUUUUCAAGGACUGAACAGUAUUGGAAAUCUUGGUGAUAUGAUUACGGGCAAUAAGAUGUUGUUUUGUCUAAUCCUUGGCAACCAGCAUCAACGAUUGACCAAAGCACUGUUCAUGUCACUUUAUGAAUUGCAUCGUUCAGAAGUAGGCUCAAACAAGAGGGAGAGAGAAGAUAGUACCAUAUAUUGUUUUGAAGUUUUUCUUCAAGAUCUUGAAGAAGGUGAAGUGGCUGGGCUAACUCUUGAAGACCUACUAGUUUUCAUAACCGCUGCUGAUUGUGUACCUCCUCUUGGGUUUCACAAAUUGAUUACCAUCGACUUCUAUGAUUUUGAAGGGAGUAUUCGUCGCCGUCCAUAUGCAUCGACUUGCGGAUUGUACUUUUUUUUGCCUAGAGGAUUUGAAAACCCAUCUGACUUUUCAAAUUUCGUUAAAGAAGCUCUUUUAGAAUGCAAAGGUUUUGGAAAAGGAUAAAAACAUUGAUAAAACACCUUUUGUUCAUGUUCAUAUUCAUGUUAGAUUUUCCUAUUGGCAUAUAAACUGCAUAAUUUAUAUAAAGAAGACAAGAUGAGCGCAAAGUUAAAAAAAUGAUCUGUUAUCCUGUAAUUAUUAGUUCAGAUGUUUCACUAACGAAACUUAAUUUUGACAUGAUACUUGUACUGUUAUUUAAGAACAUUGUAUGUAGCUAACACUAAUUAAUACAGUAAGAUAUUAAUAAUGUCUGCAACACCUCUGGCUAUGCCUCAUAUUUUAAGUGGGUUUAAUUUCAUCUAUCAACUCAUUAUCGUUUGUACAGAGAAUAUAAAGAUUACUGUAAGUUUAUAGAUAUUGGGCUUAUUCAUGCAUAAUUAACAAUUUAUAUAGUAAAACCCAGUAAUUACACCAUUUUCAUAAAAGGCCUAUUAUGUCAUUGCCAUACACAACAUACAACACUGUUUUCAACUUAGGACCACCUUAAAUGGAAUGGAUUUUAAGUUUGUUUCUCACGGGUUAUGGUCAGAGGAGCAGAAUAUCCUUCAAUACAUGCAUAAAAAGAGCCUCGUUUUCGUGUUUAAACUUAUUUCCACAUUUAAUAGUCAAAAUCUAAAAUUAUUUUUAUUGCAUGUGUUGAAGAAGGAUGUUCUGCUUCUCUUACCAUAGCCCGUAAGAAACAAACUUGAAAUCUAUUCCAUUUAAGGUGGUCCUAAGUUGAUAACAGUGUUAGGUGACGUAAUUACCGGAAAGGUCUAUUCAUAUACAUUCCAGAAAAUAUAGUAUAUUUCUAAGUAAAUUAAUCUUUUCUGGGGGAAGAUGAUAAAAAACCCCACCUUUUUAACCAUCUGACGGCAUUGUCUUAGGCCCCGUUUACACUAUACCGAAUUUGCAUCGUCGCGCCGCAAUUUCUGUGCCGGUUUGGGCUGCUGUUUACACAAUCCGGUACGUCUAGCGUAGCGAAAAUCACUCCGCUCUGGAAGUGAUAUGAAAAGCAACGCGGUAUGUGCCAGCGCAGUGUAAACACUCAAUUACAGGGAAUCCGGUACUAUAAAAUAGAUUUUGGUGCGUAUGUUUUUGCAUUGUGGCCUUGAUUAAGUACUUUACAGAAUUUACAGCUGCUAUACUUGCUUCUCACAACCUGUUACUGUUUCUAGCAUAGACAAAUAAAGAAAAUGAAAAUAAUUGCUUUUAAGGGGGGAAAUUUAAAGAAAUACUAGUCACUUUUCGGUUAGAGCGACGCAAAGCAACGUCAGGUUGUCAACUUAUAUUUCGCAAGUACCGUCGAGAAAACGUCCAAAAUGUCUAAAAAUAAAAUUGUUUACGCGACUGGCAACAGAGCGAAGCGGCGUAGUGUGAACACGCUUCAAUUUUUGUAUCGGAUAGCAAAACAAUCCGAUACGAAAGCAAUCCGGUAUAGUGUAAUCGGGGCCUUAUUAAUGUCAUGGGUAGUUGUCAUAUAUACUGCAAAGUAAAGUUUUUUACAAGCUGAUAAAUUCUUACACAAUCCCAUGGACUAGGAUUUUCUGGACUACUUUGUUCAAACAUGGCGUUGAGCUGAUUCAACUGAUCUUCAGACAACGGACAAUUAGUUUCUGAUACAUGAACAUCAUCUUCGGUAUCAGCAUCGGUACUUGCAGGACCAUCCCAGUCAAUACCAUAAUUGUCAUAUACCAUAACCUGGUCCACAUUUAAUCGUUCAGCAUUGUCAAAUUGACCUCUCACCCACAAUUGUAAUGGAGUUUGAUUGUGUUCGCUACUUAAAGGAUGCCUUAUCCAAGCAUUCACCCAAGACUUCAACUUUCUAUUAAUUACAUUGCAGAAACAAUAAUGCAAACACCAUAGAUCUAUUUCAUUAAUGGGA